ACUCAUAAAUAGUAGCUGACGAAAUAGGUAAAAUUUGAGAGUCUUUGUAAUACAUGUAUUGAUACUUCUUUUUAUUCAAAGCUGCACAGACAUCUUCUGGAGCAGUCGCUGGCCAACAACAGCCGACACCAACAGCAACUAUGACAGCGCCCAAUACAGCCAUGGGCACAGCAGCAACAGGAGCACCUGUGUCGAUGUCGAACAGUACACAGAUCAACGCUACACAGUCAGUCAAUAAUGCUAAUCCAUUUGUGGGCAAGCCAACGUCUGCCUCAUUCUCAAAUGAUAUUCCACCUGCCUACCUUACGUGGAAAAAGCCGAUUCCGAACCAGACGUUUCCUCCGCUUUACAAGAUUGGUGUAUCCAACAUUACGUUUGAAUGGACUGUCGAUCCCAAUGCUCUCAAGGUACAACCUGCCAAUCUGACUGUUGCCCUAGCAAAUCCUCAAAAGCAAACAUAUACCGCAGCCAUUGUACCAGGUACAGCUACCUCAGCUCACUGGGAUAUAGCUCAUUUACCUGCCAGCUCACCCCUGAUGGUGGGAUACUAUACCGUUUGGGUAUAUGACCAACGAGGACCAAAAGCGUUUCCUAGUCCUGGUUGGCUUAUGCCUGAUUCCAGAUUAGUUGUGGCAAUGUAUUCGACGGAAGCUUAUGUUGGUCGAACAGACUCCAUGUUUUGUCCUACGUGUUAUUUAGGUGUAGGAAGAUCAUUUCAUGAAUCUAUGAUGCCAUUAUUAAUUACCUUUGGAAUAUCUAUUUCUACAUCCAUUAUUAUCCUUUCGUCCUUAUUAGCAUAGCCAUCACUCGUAUAUUAAUAAAAAGAAAUAGAAAAAAU